AUGAAUUCUUUCACCCCACGCGAGCUGCCCGAGCGACAGAAGAAACUCCAGCCGAUCCUUGGAAUCCCUGUACCAUAUCUCUUCGCAGCGACCUCUGCCUUGUCUGUUGCCCUGUUUACUUGGCCGCUGAGAUGGAUUCUCUCAGGAUCUGCCAUCUUGACAUUCGCUAUCCUCUCUGGAGCCGCCAAUGGUCAUCGCAUCUUGCCCUUCUUCAACAUCUGGUCCCUGCUACUUCUGAUUAACUUGUCCUACGGAGUUGCGGCUACCUCCUGGCUUUUGCACGGCGCAUUUGUCGCAGCAUGCUAUCCUGCAAUCUUCUUCACCUGUCUGUUCCAGUUUGACCCUGUUGGGAGGUUCGUCAGAAGACAAGUCAGAAACGUUCUCAAGGAGCUUCAGUUCAUCGAUGAUCAAAUCGCCUUCUUCGACAUCCCGGCGUUGGAGAUCGAUGUCGACGUCAAUGGCCUCAUGAACAUUCGCGGUAUGACUUUCUGUUUGUCUUCGCUCAUGAUCAUUGCACACGGAGUCGAGGUGGGUAUCAAAUUCUCCGAGGAUAUGGAAAUCGCCAUCGCAGUGGAUGAGGUCAAAAUCUCCUUGUUCCGAAAGAUUGUCAUCUCGGACGUGUAUGCCGCUGUAAAGGGUGGCGAGGAUGAGAUGUAUCUCAGGAAAUUGUCGGAGAAUGGCAGGACUCCUACCGACAACUCGUUCAUGUCUUCUGAUACUCCUCUGCUUUCUACCGCUGCAAAGACUGGUGACACGCGUUCGCUCGGUGUAGCCAUGCAUGAAAGGAUGACCGAGAGAACGAGCGAAAGCAUGACCAAAGGUCCCGCUCCCAAGCCUAUCUCCCCUAGUGUCGGGCUCAAGGGCAUCAAACAGCUCUCGCCCGACGAUGACCACGCAAGGGAGACCUACAAGAAUAUCCUCACACAUAUCCAAGAGACUAGCAUCAUCACCGUCUGUCAGGAGGAGGUCCAGGAGAUGUUGAGGACGAAACACGUCGAGGGCGAAGUACUCGACGACAAGAAGGAUUACCGCUCUGCAAUCUGCUCGCAACUCCAUGGAAAGCCCACUGUUCCUCACUGCAGCAAACGCUCCAUUCGUGUCUCUACACUGCAACAAGAUAUGCCCAUGCGAAAGUUCCUUCACAGACUGCCGUUGCUUCUCAGAUGUACGCUCAACCCGAUUGCGUACUUCCACCCCAUCUAUAUCAAAUCCAUCACUGCCGGAGGUUCUGGAGCCAUGAUCGAAACUAUGCUCCACAAGCAAAUCUUCCAAGAUCACCCCGAGCAAGCUUCGGAUGUUAAGAACCUCAAGAAGCGCAUCUCCGCAUGGCUGAAGGACGCCAACUUUGUGUUCGAAGCCGAAAAGAUCACCGGCAUGGCUUCUGUCCCCAUCAAUCCAGUCUUCAAUAUCCUCUCGGACCUCCUGUUCGACGAUAUCAUGGUGUACAGAACUGUUAAGGAAGAGGUUGAUUACAAGCAGAUCGUUCACCUCGGAGGCGCGGAUGCCAGGAUUAGCGUGCCUUCAUUCCUCUUGCCUCACCACGAACACAUUCUACCACCAGUACCCACCCAGGAAGACAAGGCUGCUCAACAGCAAAAGAUCGAUGAUGCAGACAGUCAACCCAAGACCAUCCAAGCCGAACAGGAACUGGCCCAACUGCGCAAAGAUGAAACUAACGUCAACAUCUCCGCUCACGUGCGCUUACCCGCCUGCUUCGACCAAAGCCUGCUCGAUUUCAUCGCAGCCCUGGUCAAAGCCACCAAGAUCGUCGAAAUGGACAAGGUUGAAAAGUCUCUGGACAAGGAAAUUCACGGAUUCAGAGAAUUCACAAAGGCAGUCAAGACUGAUCUCAACGACAAGAUGAGAAGAGUCGCUGUGGAUGCUGCUGCCAAUGACAAGUGGAUUGCAAAGUUGGUGGGCAAGGUUACCAAAAAGUUGGAGACUAUGCAGGGAGAUAUUGGGUACAGUGGUGAUCUGCCCGUGGCUCUUGACGUCUAUCGCAAGAAGGCAGAGCCGGGUAGUAAGCUUAUGCCUUGA